UAAUACAUUAAUAAUUUUGCAGCUUUGUUUCGGUUCGGUUGGUAAAAAUAAUGUUGUAAAAAAGAAUUUACGCUCAUUUGCCGGUUUCGAGUUUGAAAAGGACUCUAGCGAAUAUAAGAAAAAGUUUGAUGCCAUUAAGAAAACCGACGCUAAGGCACUAAAGGGUAUUUGUGAUAUACUGGCAUUGGAGCGCAAAGGCACAAAAGAUGAGAUUGCAAAUCGUGUGCUAAAAUUCCUUAUGGAACCCGAUGAAUCGCUAUGCGUAGAUGAGGCUGCCGAAGAGGAAGAAGAAGAUAUUGAAGAAGAUGAAGAGCCAGUAGAUGAGGAAGAGGAAGAAGUUAGCGCUGAAGAGGAGCGUAAACGUAAACCCAGCAGCCGCGCACCCGCACGAAAUUCAACAAGUGGCCGCCCUAGACGCGCAACCGCUGGAAAAAAGAUGUCCGCUUAUGUCGACUUCUCGAGCUCGGAUGAAAGUGAACGCCAAGCAGUGCCGGCUAAACGAAAGCGUAACGAUGGCUCCGAAUCGGGCUCAGAUUAUAAUCCGUCAGGCGGCAACUCUGAUUCGGAUGGUGCGCGUGGCGGCGUUCGUAAAGCAUUGGCACGUGGUGGGCGCGGCGGCCGACCAGUACGUAAAUCUUGGAAGAAGAAUUCCGAUUCUGAAGAAGAUGAUUUUGAUCUAUCAGAUGCCGAUAGUGAUGUGCCGAAACGUAAACGCGCUACACCUGGUAAACGUGGCCGACCUGCUGUUGCUGCUACUACCAAACGUGGUACACGUGGACGUGCUGCCAAAGCAACUAAAUCGCGCAAGCGCAAGGACUCUGAAAGUGAGGAAGAGGUGUCUGAAGAGGAGGAAGAAGAGGAGCUGUCUGAUUUCGGCAGCGAUCAGAGUGAGGAAGAGGAGUCCAAGAAGUUUAAGAAACCCCCGGCGCCUGUGAAAAAUGCUAAAACUAAUAACAAAGCCAAAACGCCAGUCAAACCUGCUGGUCGGCCGAAAAAAUCAAGCAAAAAAGAGGAGGAAGAGGAAUCCGAUGAUGAGGAUGAGCCACUAAACAAGAAGGGAAAAGCGACAUUCCCCACGGAUGAGCAAAUACGCAAUUAUGUUAAGGAAAUAUUAGAUAAAGCAAAUCUUGAAGAGAUCACUAUGAAAACAGUGUGCAAGCAAGUGUAUGCAAAAUAUCCCGAUUUCGAUUUAACAGAUAAAAAGGACUUUAUCAAGGCCACAGUGAAGGCGCUAAUUGCGGCAUAAAUGCAGGCCACACAAGUAUGUGCAAAAAACUCAAAACAUUGCAAUAUUGCAAAUUAAAAAGGCAGCGGUGCUACAACACAGCAAGUAUGCUAACCAACAAUUGUUGUCAGUCUGCGCCACAGCAUCGGUGUAUUUAUAUUUAGCUAUUGAAGACGGUUUAAAUCGACGAAUUCAGGAGCUUUAAGAUUUCAAGAUUUUUUUUGUCAAUAUUAAGAUUGCUUUUCAUCACUCCCCUCCGGCUCUUCCUAAGUUGGUGCACCAUGUGCAUUCUAAUUGAAGCGAAACACACUCAAAACAAUUAAAAAAAAACACAAAUCUUUGAUUAUUUGACUAAUUUUAUUUCAACUUGAUCAUACACAAAUGGUGUGUAUAAUAACUUGUCAAUGUUGUAUUUCUUCUUUUAUUAUAUAUCUAGAUACUAUAUACAUCCAACGUUCUUUAUUCUCAUUUUUUUACAUGAAUGGUGUACUUGCACACAAAACUACACCCAUGCAUACAUAAUAUAUUUUGUUUUUAGUUCCAAAGCAUUGUAUAAAUACUAGCUUUUCUUAUGACUUUCAAGAGAAAAACAAAAAAAAAAUGUGGAAUGCAAAUUUGUAGAAUUUCUGUAAAAUGUUUAAUUAUAAUAAAACGCAAAAACCCUAAACAUAAUAAAAUGUGCGUAAAGUAAGAUUACGUAAAUUAUAAUAAACAAAUGGAAAACAUAUACAAAAAGUAAAAAUCAA